GGCCUGCAAAAGGAGAAGCCCGGAGCCCAGGAACUCAGGCCUGCCGGGGGCGCUGGGCUCUGGGCAGAGGCCGGAGACACGCCGAGAGGGAAGCCCGGCAGCCGGUUCGUCCCCUGAGGAGCGGCAAGCGCCCGGCGGGCGCGGCUCCGGUGGGCGCCGUCUGCGCGCUCUGCGCCCCUGCCCUCGCCCGCCCUUCGCCCCGAGAUCCCGGCCGAGGGUCCAGGCAGACGCGGGGCUCUGUGGCCCGCGGCGAGCGGGGCCCGCCGCCAUGGAGUCGGGGACGCCUGGCGGCUCCGGGCCGGCGGAGCCUGGGCCUCGCCUACGCGGCUUGGGCGGCGCGCUCCAGGCGGCCUGGGCCUCCUUGCUGAGCGGGGCCCAGGCCCAGGCCCAGGCCGAAGGCGGGUGCUGCGCGCCGGCUGUGGCGGCCGUGUUGCCGGCGGGCGGGAGCGGCGAGAGGAUGGGCGUCCCCACCCCGAAGCAGUUCUGCCCCAUCCUGGAGAGGCCGCUCAUCAGCUACACCCUGCAGGCGCUGGAGAGAGUACGUUGGAUAAAGGACAUUGUCGUGGCAGUAACUGGAGGGAACAUGGAAGCAAUGAAGGGUAUUAUUCAGAGGUACCAGCAUAAACGCAUCUCGCUGGUUGAAGCUGGAGUGACCCGCCACAGGUCCAUUUUCAACGGACUAAAAGCACUGGCAGAGAGUCAGCCCAACUCCAGACUCUCUAGGCCAGAAGUAGUGAUCAUCCACGACGCUGUGAGACCAUUUGUUGAGGAAGAUGUCCUCCUUAAAGUUGUCACAGCUGCUAAGGAACAUGGGGCAGCAGGAGCAAUCCGUCCUCUCGUGUCUACUGUCAUCAGUCCGUCUUCGGAUGGUUGCUUAGACCACUCACUAGACCGUACCAAACACAGAGCAAGCGAAAUGCCACAGGCCUUCCUAUUUGAUGUGAUCUACGAAGCAUAUCAGCAGUGUAGUGACUAUGACUUGGAAUUCGGAACUGAGUGUUUGCAGUUGGCUCUGAAAUACUGUCAUGUCAAAGCCAAACUUGUGGAAGGAUCACCUGACCUCUGGAAGGUGACCUACAAACGGGAUCUGUAUGCAGCUGAAUCGAUUAUUAAGGAAAGAAUUUCACAACAGAUGUGUGUAGUUAUGGACACAAAAGAAGAUGAAGAACAUGUAGGUCGUUGUCUUGAAGAGAUGCUAAAAAAUGAAUUAAAUCAUGUGAAAGUCAUGUCUGGCAGAGAUCUUCAGCAAGUCAUCUUAGAGCAGUGCUACAAUUUUGUUUGUGUGAAUGUUAUGACCUCUGAUUUUGAAAAAACCCAGAAAUUACUGAAUGUGCUUGAUGAGAGUAAUCUUUCCAUUUUAUAUCCUGUUGUUGUUAUUUCGGUGCAUUUUCUUGAUAAUAAAUCAAUACCGUUUGGUCGGAAAAUGGAAGACCUAAUGCAGAUUAAGGAAUUGGCCAGAGAAGUGAAAAAAAGAAAUAUUUUAUUAUGUGGUCUUCUCAUAUACUACCCACAGGAUGAACAGAAGCUACAGGAAAGUUUAAGGCAAGGUGCCACCAUUAUUGCUACCUUAAUCAAAGAAAGAGAUUCUGGACUCAUUGGCCAACUACUCAUAGCAUGAAGAACAUGGAGAAUACCACCUACUGGGUUCUUAGAAAUGGUUAUCUAAGUAUCUCUUUUGUGCUUCCCUCCGUAUUGUAUGUGGUAGAAUGUUUAAGUUGUCUUUUAUGUCUUUUAUAAUUUGUAGGAUGUGGUGCUUAGGUUAUAAAAGUGGAUCGAUGUUUAUAUCUGUGGGGAAAAAAAAAUCUUUCUGUGCAUGUUAAUUAUAAAUUGCCUGAACCAGAAAAGAAUAGGUAAGUGGACAGUAAUAGCCUUCACAUAAAGAAUCUUUUCACAAAGGCAUGAAAGGUAAAAUAGAAAUAAUGGUGGCUCAGCUAAUUCUUCCAAGGAGUGAGAAUUUAGAAAAUGUCAACUAUUAUCUCUAUGUUAAUUAGUAAGUCACAUUAGAAUGAAACUAAUAAAUAAGACUAAGAAUUAUUCUUAAUUCUAACAUUGUCCCCUCACCAUAUGUUAGCUUGAACUGCAUUCUAAUUUUUUAUGCCUUAAAAAAAGAAGAGAGAGCAGUGAACGCCGGUUCAUGUAUCUUCAUCAUUAGCCUUACGUUACUCUAGAUCCCUAAAGGAGAUGGACUCUCCUUCUGCUUUUCUAGUGUUUAGUGUAUGUUUUUCUUGUUUAAUGAAAUAUAAUUUUGACUUACAUGAUUUUAAGAGGCUUCUGGUUUUUCUGAGUAAGUUAAAAAAGAAUACUGGAAAGCUUCAUAAAAAUGAAGUUAUUUUGGUCAAUAUCAAGCUAGGCUUCUUCUAGAAAGCAGAGUCCACUGCAUGUCAAAUAAUUAAACUAUUCUUUUGAUACAGAUAACUGCUACCUUUUUAAGUCAAGUUCUUGUUCUUUUAAAUUUCCACUGGUACAUACAUCUUAAAUACUGAUGAUUUCCCCUUUCAUUACAUUUUAUAAUUUUGUGAACCUAGUCAUUAGAGAUGCCUCUUACUCUAUAUAUACAUUUACUUUGUAAAAAACACGUUGGAUCAGAUUGUGCCAGGGCUUAGGCUGCAUGUGGGAACUACAAAAGUUGCACGCAAUGUUUUCAGUUAAAGGUAGACUGUGAAUUAUCUACCUCGCGCAAUCUCUUAAUAGUUGGACGAUUUUCUCCGUAUUUCCUAAGUGUCUGUAGUAGUAGGAGAGUCUGUAUUUUACAUUUAAUGAUAGUAGAGUAUAAUGGGCCUGGAGCAAUUACUGCAAUUCAUUCUUCCACAUGAAAUGUGUUGUUUGCAUGUAGGCUUGGAACUAUCUAGUCCUGGGCUCACCACUUUCUCUCUCUAAGGAUGAAAAGAAAUACAAAAUAAAUCACUUAAUUCAAAGUCUUGAGGGUGAAAGUACAUGGACAAUGUGUGAACGUCUCUGUCGUUCAGGCAGGUGGGCCGUAGCGUGAAAGGUCUUGUGGUGUGCCUGUUGAUGUCUUCAGAUGAAAAUGUUUUAAGAAUUUAAAGGUGCUCGUAAGGUGAAGGGGAAACAGUUAUUAAGGUUUUAAAGAGCGGGUGAGUGCCUUUAGGUACAUGGUGGGAAACUGGGCCUUUCUGUGGCACAAGCUAAAUCACUGUAUCUACUGAGGCUAGCUGAGUCCUUGGAUUUCAACUUAAUAAAUGUUAUGCCAGAUAAGAAUUUAUCUUAGAACAGUUAGUAUGCCUUUACCCUAGUCAAUUGGAAACAUUUAGUAUUAGGAGAUUUAAUUAAUAAAAUGCUAAGUUGUGUCUGAAAUCAUCAUCAUCAGCAUCAUCUCAUUUGAUUUUUUUCUUUAAAAAAAGUGAUUCAAAGUGAUUCAAAGCACUGAAAACAAUUUAAAGAAAUCUCCCUGUAUCCUUUACCGUUUAGAUGGAAGAUGAAGCUCAGAGACCUUCACCGCCUUCUCCAAAGGCUCGUGUCUGCCUAGUAGCAAGAGGCAGAGCUUAAACUCAGGACCACUGAGAAUAAGUUUUAAGCUUACUUUCCUGUGUAACAGUGAUUAUGGGCAAAGGACAUCCAGCAGCGAGGCCAUGGGAGGAGAGCCAGAGGCUCCAAAUGAAUGUUGGAAGAAGGGGUGGGAGGGGCAGAUCAAUCCAUUUACCAGAGGAAAGUCCUGAAUUUUUGGGCUUUUCAACUAUCUUCCCAACGUACAGAAAUUAUAGCUGGGGAUGAAAGGAAUGAAGAGAAUUAUUGGCCAAGAGAGAAAGAUACAUGGGUUGUUUUUAUUUGUUAAGAGAUCCAGGGGCAUCUUUAUAGUUAUAUUUUCAUUGCCACUUCUGGAAACUUAAUUACUUUCAUGAGAACUGUCCAUUUUCACUUUAUUUUCCAAAAUCUCUUAAAAAAUAAUAGUAAUUAUUCCUCAGGGUUGCUGAAAUUGCUUUCUACCUGUGAAAAACUUACGGAAAGACAGUUUUCCUUCUAAAUGUAUGCUACUUAAUUAAAUGCAAUUUAAAGUUAGCCUCUUUAGGAAGUUAACCCAGUGUGAUCCAUGGUUUGAUUAAUGACUGAUAUUGGUAAGAGGUAGUUUGUUUUUUUUUUUUUUUUCCAUGAAAGUGCUCAAUUUGAGAGAUGACUUGUGAUCAUACUCAGAUCAUACUACAGAUAAAAGUCAGGCCCUGUAUUCUACUUGGAGCCAUUCUAACUAUGGUCACUUAAAGCAUUUUGCAUUGGCUUACCAGGAAAACUCUCUUUUCUCAUGCUAGUUUAUUAUACAGUUGACCCUUGAACAACACGGGUUUGAGCUGCACUGGUCCACUUAUGCACGGAUUUUUAUUCCAAUAGUAAAUACUGCAGCACCUCAGAAUCCUCGAUUGGUUGAAUCUGCAGAUAGGGAGUGAAUCACGGAUACAGAGGGCAGACUGUAAAUUGUACAUGGAUUUUCAACUGCUUGGAGGAUGGGCGCCCCUAACCCUGGCGUUGUUUAAGGGUCAGUUAUAACCAUCAAAUUUUACUUUAUAUAUAAAUACAGUGUUCAUUUUAUAAAAAUCAAGUUGCAGUAGAACCUUUUCUUACCUUGUAUCUGUACAUUUUAAUUCCAUUUAGUGUUGAAACCAUAUCAAGACGCAUAAAUCAUUAAUAUUUUAAUUAAAAUGUUAACGCCAUUUGGGAAAAGAAAGAUUGAAGUUAUUUUUAAAGUUCAAAAAUAAACAGAUAAGUGAAAAAUGCAUAUUGUUUUAGGAUUUAUUAAUAUAGUUUAAAAUAAGUGAGCUAGAAAUGGCUGUGUAGGUGGUGUUUGGCAUCAUAUUUGUAUAUAUUCUUAUAUAUUUUUAGUUUCAAAAUUAUGAAAAAUGUAUGAUUUUUUAAAUGAAGAGUAUUAAAUUUUUAAAUGUUCUCUUUAAAAAUGAAAUAAGUAAUUGAUGACUAAAUUAUUGAUAUUUUAAAAUCUAAUGACAAUUUGCAUUGAUAUUUAGUGUAUAUGGACUUUUUUUUCAAAGUAACUGUCUCAACUGAACAACUAAAUGUAAUAUUUAUUCUCAAAAUAUAAUAGUGAUGUUUUACAUUACAGAAAGAUAUAAUUUGAGAUUCAGAUAUGUUAUUCUGUGACAUAUAUUAAAAUUUUGCAAAACCAGA